AUGGCGAGGGCGCUGCUCCUCUCCCUGGUCAGCUGCCUCGCUGCCGUGAGUCAGGCCAGCCUCAUCAGACGCUGUGACUUGGCCAAGGUGCUGCACGAGGAGGACUUGGAUGGGUUUGAGGGCUACUCCCUGAGUGACUGGCUGUGCCUGGCUUUUGUGCAAAGCAACUUCAACAUAUCAAAGGUAAAUGAAAAUACAGAUGGCAGCUUUGACUAUGGCAUCUUCCAGAUCAACAGCCACUACUGGUGCAACGAUCACAAGAGUCAUUCAGAAAACCUUUGCGACGUGGACUGUCAAGAGUUGCUGAGCCCCAAUCUGCUCUCGACCAUCAACUGUGCAAAAAAGAUCGUGUCCAGUGCAGGGGGGAUGAAGAACUGGGUAGGAUGGAGGUUGCACUGUUCGGGCCGGCCGCUCUCCUACUGGAUGACAGGGUGCCACCUGGGGUGA